UGGAUGGGAGUGGAAGCUCCCAAAGGUCCUAGACGGGUCCUUAGAGUCCAAUCCAGCUCCGACUUCCCCAGAUCCGGGACUGUGGAUGUGCCAGCUGGCACCCCAGCUUGUGUUUACCUAUUAGCCUUCUUCCUCCAGUGUUCAAAGGAAGUCACAGACACCCCCAGCAGCUCUGGACUGUGGCUAUGCCAGCCGGCAUUCAGGUGCGGGGACCAGAUCUACAACCCCUUGGAGCAGUGCUGUGAUGAUGACACCAUCCUGCCCCUGGACCGGACCCGCCUCUGUGGCUCCUACUGCACCUUCCAUCCCUGCUUUGAGCUCUGCUGUCCCGAGUCCUUCGGACCCCAGAAGAAGUUUGUGGUGAAGUUGAAGGUUCUGGGUGUGAAAUCUCGGUGCUCCUCCUCCCCCAUCUCCAGGAACUGCCGCAGCAGUAAGAUGUUUCCCUAAAGAAGAUAUUGAAGAAAAUACAGGGGGCCGGCCCGGUGGCUCAGGUGGUUAGAGCCCCAUG